CUCCCCCCCCUCCUCUGUCUCAUUCACUUGGGGGGAGGAGGGAGCGGGGCAGAGGAGGACAGAGAACAGACCUACCUGGGGGCGGGAGGAGCCGCACUUCACCCGGCACUCAUAUUUAUAGAGGAGCUCACAGGAGACACCGGAGGAAACUACGUCUACCUACCACUCACCGUCCGGUCACCUACCCACCUGUGCCCUGCUCACCGCUACCUCUUAAAAAAACAAAUGCCAAGACUCGAGGAGCACUGCUGGAGUUGCUCUUGCGCCAGAGGGAGAGACACGAACGGCACAAAGAUAAGCACUUGGCUUGCACGCAGAGUCGGAAAAGCCAUGUCCUCCCUAAACUCCCUCAUUGCUUUGGCCUACAGCACCUUAGCCAGCAGCGAAGGCCGCAGUCUGAUCCGGAGAAGUGUGGUCCUUUUUACUGUUGGUGUUUUUCUUGCCUUGGUACUUAAUCUUCUCCAGGUCCAAAGGAAUGUGACCCUAUUUCCUGAGGAGGUCAUUGCGACAAUAUUUUUCUUCCGCGUGGUGGGUGCCUCCUUGCUGCGGCACUGCAGCUGCUGUUGUUGGCCUUCUCUAUCCUUGCAUCGACAGCCAUCUUGGAGAACCACACAAGUUCAAGAGAGAAUGGGCCAGCGUCAUGAGAUGUAUAGCAGUUUUUGUUGGCAUUAAUCAUGCUAGUGCAAAAUUGGAUUUUGCAAACAAUGUUCAGCUGUCACUAACACUAGCAGCCUUGUCUCUGGGCCUUUGGUGGACCUUUGACCGCUCACGCAGUGGUCUUGGACUAGGAAUCACAAUAGCCUUUCUCGCUACACUCAUAACACAGUUUCUUGUAUACAAUGGAGUGUACCAGUAUACCUCCCCAGACUUUCUGUACAUUCGUUCCUGGCUGCCUUGCAUAUUCUUCUCUGGAGGCGUUACUGUUGGAAAUAUAGGACGACAACUAGCAAUGGGUCCCACAGAAAAAGCACAUGCCGACUAG